AUGUUCAUCGCCACCAAGCUUGGGAACUUCAUCCUGACGCCGAACGCGAUUCGCCAUGGCCGGCUGGCGCCCGAUUUUGAUCUGCUGAUUCGUUGUCGUGUGUUCCGCUGGGAAGUUGCUGAAUACGAGGUCUUGUCAUUGCCUGACGACAUCGCGUUGUAUCGAAAAAACGGCGAUAAAUUUUCGACGUAUAAAGCGGUCGUUGAGGUGCUAGAAGUCAAUGUCGAUGGUGUACUCCUCGAGCAUUCGGUGCUUGGCCAGCUGCACGAAAGCAGCUUUAAGAGACAGGUGAACCCCGGCGAUCAGGUGGUCAUCGAGGUGGGCAGUCCGAAGGGAGAAAGCGGCUGGAAGAUGCGGGCGUUCAUCGAGCAGAUUUCUUCGAGAAGGCGUAGGCCCCGUGGCGGACGGAAGAACCGUCCCCGUCCCCGAUCCCGAUCCCCGUCCGGCCCGCCGAUGGAAUACCUGCAUGGCUUCGUGAUCAACUCGUCCAAGGAGUUGAUUUUUAUUGCGUUCCAGGAUGGCGUCGUCGGCGUUUGGAGUGCCGCCAACGAGAGGAGCAAGCCCGAGCCGAUGACGGCCGACGACUUUGUCUUCUGUGAAAUCCAAGCUCCGGCGAGGUUCGUCAAAUUCGUCGACUGGGGCGGGCGAGCCGUGGCCACCUAUACGAAUCGCUACAUGCCCGUCAUCUACGAUCGUUAUGGGGAAUCGCUGCGAUUCUUGAAAAGCGUUAGCGAUGAGGAGCUUCUGGAUAUGGAGUUCGUCUUGGGUGUAAGCCGCAUUACCUUCCCGCAGCCGGCUCCGGAACUGGGCGGUUGGGUUGUCCGAUUCCUGGUGGACCGCCAACAAGUCGUCCGGGAGCCCCAGCCCCGGCCUCUGUCUCGCAACCAUCGACAAGACGACCGGCUUCCGGCUAAUCAGCCAUAUUACGAGCCGCGCGAUUAUCGUCCAACUUCAAGGAACAGUUUCGACGACGAAUUUGGAAAUGGUCCGGUGCUUGUCAGGACACCGCCUCCCGAGCGAGAUCCAAACUAUCGUGAGCCCGAAUACGUUGCGGAGAUUCAUUCUCGUCGCGAUGACUCCUUCCGCUCAUAUCAACCCGGCCCCUUUACGCAACAUGCUCGCCCCCAGUGGGAGAAAUACAGCACCGCGAAGCAGCGACAAUCGCCUGCACUGGACGAGUCGCUUAGUGGCCAAAAUUCCGGUUACUUUGAUCAAUCGUUUACGCAGGCUCCUAGGCGACGGUAUCCGGCAUCAGAUGUCCCGGUUACUGGCGUUUGCAUCAAAGCCUGGGGCGGCUACCGUAUCGUCUGGCUGAGGGAUGGCCGACUGGCGCUGUUGGACACGAAAAAGAAGCCGGCCGAGCUGGGCAGCUUUAUCACGGGCUUGAUCGAGAGGCUCGGAAAGCCGAUGUACGACAAGCGGAUGCGCUACGACUGGCAGGUGAAUGGAUUCUGGCCCUGCGAGGAGGCGUACGACGUCGAGCCGCUGACUGACGGCCAAUGGGCUAGGUUCGUUUGCCCGAAGGCGCGAGUGCUGGAAUAUCGGCCAUUCGAGGACAAACGCGUUGUCGUGCUGGACGAUGUGUUCUUCGGCGAAUUUUUGGACAGGGACGAUGUUUUGGAGAAGCUCGAGCCGGCGCCGGACGACGAAAUCGAAGUGACCAUCAGGGCGGAGAUAACUUCUGAAACCACGAUCGAUUGGGUUGUCGAAAGUCAAGAAGCGGAACCGCGCGGAAAUGACAAACCUCUGGAGUUGGCCGAGAAAAUGCCGGAGAUUGUCCAAUCCAACGUCGCUGCGCUUCCGAUCCCGGAUGUGGUGCCCGGCGCCAAGCAUGAUUUGCGACGAGACUCCGAGUCUGACUACGGCAUGUCCUCGAACAGCUCGCAGUCCGGCGAGGCCAUGCCCGAGAUGACCCACCGCGAGCUGAUGGUCGCCAUGUUGAACAACUCGAGGGUGAAAGAAGCCAUCCAGAGGCGUCAACCGGAAGCCCUCGAAAAGGCACAAGCGCUCCUCGGCUCAAACACUGACCAA